AGACACAGCCAUGAGUUUCCCCACACGGGGGAGGCGGAGGAUCGGGCCCAUUUCUAUUUAUAUUGGGCUGAACAAAUUUUGCAACUGUAAAGGUCAAUGAAGGAGUCGGCUUGAAAAUAAUCUGUAGAUGUUGAGACAUGCGCAGAUGCGGGAUGAUGCCAUAUUGGACACACUCACACACACACACACACACUGCUCCUGCUUCAACCAGAACACCGGAUCACUCAAUUCAGAUAGACGGAAAAACUCGCUUAAGGCAUGGAUUGUGUAGAGGAGGAGGUGGAUUUUAACUGGGAGGAGUACCUUGAAGAAACUGGAGCCACUGCCGCCCCUCACACUUCAUUCAGACAUGUGGAGCUCAGUCUUCAGAGCAGCUUUCAGCCUGGAAUGAAGCUUGAAGUAGCUAAUAAGGGCAGUCUGGACACAUAUUGGGUGGCCACCAUUAUAACCACAUGUGGGCAGUUGCUAUUGUUACGCUACUGUGGCUAUGGCGACGACCGCAAGACUGACUUCUGGUGUGAUGUCAUGACAGCCGAACUUCAUCCUGUCGGCUGGUGCGCUCAGAACAACAAAACACUUCAGCCACCUGAAGAUAACGUUUACCUCAGAGCAGCUAUUAAAGAGAAGUACAGUGACUGGACUGAGUUUCUCAUCAAGGAGCUCACAGGUUCACGGACAGCACCAGCAACCCUGCUUGAAGGGCCAUUAAGAGGUAAAAACACAGUGGAUCUGAUUGUGGUAGGCUGUAUUUUGGAGGUGCGUGAUGCCUCUGAACCCAGCGUGUACUGGGCGGCACGUGUCCAGUGUAACGUCGGCGGACGUUUAUGCCUCAGCUAUGUUGGAGUAAAUGAUUCAGCCUACGACAUGUGGAUGUUCUACCUUGACACCAGGCUCCGCCCCCUGGGCUGGGCCAAAGAGAAUAAUUUAUCAUUGAAACCACCCACAGAUCUGUGUGAUUUGAGGAGCAGCUCAGAAUGGACUGAAGCUCUAGAUGAAGCCACAACUGAAGCCUUGAAAUGUCCCCUUCCACUGGAGGUCUUCAAGGAUCACCCUGACCUGAGCACACACUCCUUCAGGGCAGGAAUGAAGCUUGAAAUGGUUUCACCCAAGGAACCCUUCCACAUCUGCCCUGUAUCUGUAACUAAAGUCUAUAAUGAAUACUACUUUCAGAUCACAGUUGAUGACCUCACAGCUGAAGCCACGCCCACUCAUGUGGUGUGUCACGCUGACUCACCGGGCAUCCUGCCAGUGCAGUGGUGUCUGAAGAAUGGUGUUGGACUGGAGAGGCCACAAGGUUUUGAGUCACUGGACUUCGAUUGGGCGGACUAUCUUAAACACACUGGUGCUGAAGCCGCCCCAGAUGUGUGUUUCCCAAAUGCAUCUCAGAGCAGGGGCUUCUGUAAGGAUAUGUGGCUUGAAGCCGUGAAUCCACUCCAACCUUCUGAACUCUGCGUCGCUCGCAUCACUCAGGUCAAAGGUCGGCUUCUCUGGCUCAGACUGGAAGGUCUGACUAAGCCACAACCAGAUUGCAUAGUGGAUGUUGAGAGUAUGAGUAUCUUCCCUGUGGGCUGGUGUGAAGCUAACAGCUAUCCGCUAACACAUUUACUAAAGACAGUCUGUUUGUUUCAGAAGAAGAUUGCCGUUGUUCAGCCUGAGAAACAGCUGGCCCCGUCACAGCCUCCUGAUGCCCCUGUUAACCUGUGCUCACCCAUGGAUACAGGUUUGGUGAAUGGAAAAUACUGUUGUUCCCAGCUCUUCAUCAACCACCGCUGUUUCUCUGGUCCGUAUCUCAACAAAGGCCGAAUCGCUGAGUUACCAAAUGCCGUUGGGCCCGGAAAGUGUGCUGUAGUCCUAAAAGAGAUUCUGUCAAUGUUAAUAAACUCAGCGUAUAAACCCGGCCGCGUGCUCAGAGAGCUGCAGAUGGUGGAAGACCCACAGUGGAACUGUCAGGAGGAAACCCUGAAAGCCAAAUACAAAGGGAAAAGUUAUCGGUCCACCAUGAGGAUCGUCCGAACACAAGAUCAAGUGUCGGAGUUUUGUCGUCGAGUAUGCGAGCGACUUCAGUGUUGUCCGAAUCUUUUCGGCCCAACAAUCGUGUCCGACAAGUGCCCUGAAAACUGCUUUAGUCAGACCAAGACCAAAUACACAUAUUACAAGAAGAGGAAAGUUGGACGCCCAAGUUUAGGGGAGAAUGCACAGGACGGUGACAUGAGCAAACCAGCACGACGUCGAAAAAAACGCAAAGCCAUCUUUGUCCAGAAAAAACGACGUACUUCUAUUGUGGGAUACCACACCACAGAGUCACCUCAGGAUAGCGAUUAUUACUAUGAUGAGGAGGAAGAAGAUUUUGAGGAAUGGGGCAGUGAAGUGAGUUCCAGCUCACCCCGUGAGGAGGCCUCUGCCCACUCCUUCAAGGACGUCCCGAGGAGAGGAAGACCACCACGCCGUGCUGCUCUUCAGCGCAGGGCGACCCAUCCAGGGCCAGAAACCACAGACAGAUCCUCUCCCAGAAGAACCACACGCUCUGUUUCUUACAGCCAGAACCAGACGGCCAAAAACACACACACAAAGACUGAAAGUUUUGAAGAGGAAGAUCGUCUGGUGUUAGAGACGAAUCCUCUGCAAUGGAGCGUCUCUGAUGUGGUUGACUUCAUCUCAUCCACAGAUUGUGCCUCUCUAGCAAAGAUAUUCCAAGAGCAGGACAUUGAUGGACAGGCCCUGUUGCUGCUGACCCUUCCUACAGUCCAAGAGUGCAUGGACCUAAAGCUCGGCCCCGCCAUCAAACUCUGUCAUCAGAUCGAGCGAGUCAAAGUGGCCUUCUACUCCCAGUUCGCUAACUAGCCUAACCUUCUUGGCGGACAUAAAUCAACAGACACCUAUGUAUUGUGCUCAGGGGAUAUAAAGAGUCAUUCCAUCCAUCAGGAAACCUCAGGUUGCCUCAUACCGAAUGGAUUUUUUCAAUAUGAGACUUAGUCAUGGAAUAUGACAUAAUUUCUGCUUUCCCUGCUAAAGAAAACCACUGAAGGUUGCUGGUUUGGGCUGGUUUGAGCUGGUCUACCUGGACUCCCAGCCUAGUCGAACUGGCCUUUGGAGGAUUUAACUGAAUCAAGUACCAAAAACCUUCAAAGCCAUCAAAAUAGCCUAAACAAACUUCCGCUCUUAAAAAUAAAGGUGAUUUUUCCAGUGACGCCAUAGAUUCCAAGGAUGUUAAAGGUUCUUCAAGGAACCAUUGUUGCCAAUAAAGAACCUUUAUUUUUUAAGAGCGCCAUUUUUUCAGCAGUGUGGUGAAGACAAACCAAACAACCGAUGGCAAUUUAGGUUUGGUUGGAGUACCAAAGUUUCAAAAGAACGUCUCUAGAAUGAAGACAUCCUCGGUGGGAAUAAGUACAUGUCUAAACUGAAAGGAAGUACAACUGUGAAAAACCUCCAACCCCUGAAUUCACUGCAGAACUAUCAGAAAUUUAAUUCAUCUUUAAAGACCAAAUUAUAUUUAUAAUGGCGAAUUAAAUGUGAAGUAUUAAUUUCGGAAGUGGAAUAAUAUAUUUGUAGUAUUUAUUUUUUUCCGAUAAACUAUUUUUAAAACGUUUGUUAGGAGGUUAGUUAACACCUGAAAUAUCGUGAUUUGGCAAGUUGGCCAUUAUGAAUUAGGGGAUAUUAUUAUUAUCGAGACUGAUAUUUGGUAUAAACUUAUUGUGUGAGUGGUUAUAUGUUGUGUGAGUGUUACUGAAAUGUGCAUUCACACGUAAAUACAUAACUCGACACGCAUUUGUUUUUCCCAAAACGCAUCGUUUGUUUCUCUUUACAAUACAAGGGCAAGUACAUUUUUUGGAGGAGCUGCCUUUUGUCAUGGCCUAUCUAUAUUUUAUGUAAAUGUAAUUUUUGAUCUAUGCAAAACUGGAUAUGUUUUCUAUAAAUAUUUUUUGUUUGUAAUGACUAAUGAGUUACAUAGUGAUAUAUUUUUUACUUCUCCUUUGUACGACACCUUGAUCACAAGUAUAAUGUAUUAAAAUUGGAUUAACUGCUGUUGAAAUACUGUCUCCGGUCAUCAUUUGAUUCAUUUCCAAUGUUUAAUGUUCAAAACUGGCAAUGUUUGAAAGACCAGAAAAUAUAACAUGCUCCAGCGGUCCAUUAGAUUGACUUAAUUUGUAAAUGCACACAAAAAUGGCAUAGAGUGCACUUUCAAAACGGCAUUCUAAGAGGUUUUAAAUCUUUUUAUCAUACUAGUUUUAUGUAUAAUGUUUGAUAACUGUUGCCAAAGCAGAAAUGUAUUUUAAUGUAUAUUUAAGUGCCAUAUUUUGUUUCAUAGACUUGCAUUGCAAAUGCAUUACUGUACGUUUUUAAACUGAGGGCUGAGUCAGUAUUAUUUUCUGUGGUUAAUCCACAGUGUGUCACAGAUACCCUUCAUAGAUUUUGUAUUUAACCCGGAGCAUUCCCUUAAUAUUACAAAUAGCAGCUUAUAUAGUUUAUACUCAUGUUUUCCAGAGAAUUUGAAACAAAUGUGAACUUCCUCACCCAAAAAUGAACAUAAUUUCCAGGAAACAUUAGGCAAUGUAAUGCAAGCUAUUUAGAGCGCAACCCACUCACACACACUCAGCUGUUGGUCAAGGCUAAAACAUGGUGAUAUUACAUAACCAUUAGAGGUUUUUUUUCUAUGAACAUUUCUCUAAUUUUAAAAAGAAGGCUUUUGUUUGGCACAGACAUUUGAUUGUACUUCUAUUAGCCACCUGAGUAAUGAGGUUUGUUAUAUAAUGUAUGCAUAUUAAGUUUGUACAACGAUACUUCGCAUUGGCCAAUCAGCAUCUGCAUAAAUAAAGUAUGUUUCUAA